GUAAACUUUACGCAAGUCUUUAAACACACGAUACACGCUGAUUUACUACAAUUUCACACUUGAUAACUUUAAAUUUGAAUUACUCGGAAAUGCAACGUCGAUCUGCUAGGAAUAGUAAACCUGUCGAGGAUACCAGCAGUGGUACACCAGUGGCAUCGCUAUUUGAUGAUAUGAUCUUUGCCAUUUCAUCCAAAGCUGCCUCUGCCCAUCCAUCUCUUUCGCAAGACAUUAAAACUGCUGGUGGUGGUGUCGUUGCUUCUGUUACUAAAAAGGUUGAUUGAUAUUUGAGUGUUAACGACUUGUAAUAAACUGGACUAUGUAAUCCAAUCCAUGGCUGUUUCUGGCCUUGUCCUCAUCUACACUGUUUUUUGUACCGUCGCACAUGUGGCAUUCUCAUAUCGCUUGUAUUUGGUUUCUAUGCACAGGUUACUCAUGUCAUAGCACUCGAAUCCGAAGUAACUGCUGGUCCUCUGUUAGCAAAAGUCAAGUCUGCUGUUGCCCAAAACAUUCCUCUUGUAUCUCCAGAUCUGAUUAUUACCUCGAUCGCUUCCAAGAAACUGAACAUCGAGAAAUUCAUACUGAAGCCUCCAUCCGACUCGCCAGUAUCAUCUCCUGUUCAAGGACCAUCCAAGAACGAUCCUGUCAGUGCUAAACGAGCCUCUAGUCCCGAUUUGGCUAAACCCACCAAGGCGAUCAGACCCAAUCCAAAAACAACCAACAAAAAGGCGGCUCUG